AUGGCAGCGAAUGUCUCUCACGGCCGAGGAGGCGCCGCCAACAUCCGACCAGACGACACCCCAUAUGUCGACGGCGAGAUCGUGCGCGAAGGCCCAACCGGCAAUCAAGGUGACGGACCCUACUCGGCCGGACGGGGAGGAGCUGGGAACAUCGACAAGGAUGGAGUAACAUCCGGUGGUGCACCCCACGAUGCUGAGAUCAUCCCCGAGACAGCAACUCGAGUAGCCAGGGAAGAAUCCCACCACGUUGGCCGAGGAGGCGCAGGCAAUGAACAACAUGUGCACGAGAAGAAGGCUUCGUUUUUGGACAAGAUCAAGAACCUCUUCAAGUAG